GCUGAUAGGGAUAUGGAGGAACCGACGCCAGGAAAGUGGCGACUUUUAGCCUGACCCUGCGUGGUUCGCGCGGGGGUCGGUCGCGCUGGAAAGGCGAAAACAAUUCAUUGCACCAGCCCCGAGGCCACUUGACCCACACGCAACACAGAUACAUACUAUAUAUGUAAUAUGAAAUACUCGCACAGGCAAGCAACCGCAUGGCGCAGCUCUGUGACCGUUUGGCGACGGGGUCCCCGGGGUCCCCGGCGGCUGCAACAUUGCGGCUGCGGGCCGGCUCAGCGCCCAUCAACACGCCGCGGCCGACAUGUCGUGUCUGCCGCUCAGCGAGACCGGCGCCAGCCGCCACCAUUGCCCGCGCUACGGAGGACUCGAUGGCGCUGCUGCACACCUCACCCCUGGUUCGGUUGCGGAAAGCGCGGCGGCCACGGCCGCUGGCACGGGCGCGGCAGCUGCUACUGCGCCUGGGGGCGCUAGCGCUUCCGAUGUAGUUGCCUCGGCGCUGAGGGCGCCGCAGCUGCAACCGCCGCCACGCGAGUCCUCGCCCGCGCCGCAGCCCAUAGACAUGCUCCUCGGCGGCACGGCGGCAGCAUAUGACCGUGCGUCAACGGCCCUGUUUGCGCAGCGGCGUAACCUGCAGACGGCGUUGGGCAGCCCGUCGACCCCUACGCUGCUGCCGCCCCCCUCCCGCAGCGCAUCUCGCAACGCCUCCCGCCGCCCCACGUCCGCCACACCACAGCUUCGCCUCCACCACCGCAGCCACCCAAUCAAUGUCUGGCCGACCGACGCCCUCGUCGCCACUGGCGCCGGCGGCGCCGCAGCACCGCCACCGGCGUACGGAAACACGCCUUUCAACGCCGCCGCCGCCGACUCAAUCCGUGGCGGUGGCGGUGGCGGUGGCGGUGGCGGUGGCGGUGGCGGUGGCGGUGGCGGUGGCGGUGGCGGUGGCGGUGGCGGUGGCGGUGGCGGUGGCGGUGGCGGUGGCGGUGGCGGUGGCGGUGGCGGUGGCGGUGGCGGUGGCGGUGGCGGUGGCGGUGGCGGUGGCGGUGGCGGUGGCGGUGGCGGUGGCGGUGGCGGUGGCGGUGGCGGUGGCGGUGGCGGUGGCGGUGGCGGUGGCGGUGGCGGUGGCGGUGGCGGUGGCGGUGGCGGUGGUAGUGGUGGUGGCGGCGGUGGCGGCGGCGGUGGCGGCGGCGCCGGUGGCGGUGGCGGGGGCGGGUCGGACCAGGAGGGCGGUGCCGCCGCAGCCACCUCUGGCAGUCCCCGCGCCCCUGCCUGGCUGGGCGGCGACGGAGGACCCUGCGGCGCGGAGAUGCGGGCGGCGCUGGUGGCGCAGGUGGCGCAGCGGGCCGCGCUAGCGGCCGGCCUGGACGCGCUGCGGUCCUCGGGAACGUGCGGACUGGACCUGCAAGCCAGGCUCAAGGCCGUGGUGGCGGCCGUGGUCGUUGCACGCGCAGUCGCCUUGGUUGCCCCUCGUCAGCACCGCCCCAGCGGUCAGGCUGGGGGCGGCAGUGCGGCGGCCUCGCCAGGGCGCAAGCUACGCGUCUAACCUACCCAGCUCUGCUGAAUCAUGCUACCAGCAGUAAUGGUGCGCUGGUGCAUGACUUGCAAAUGCGCUUACGGGAGCUUGCCAGGACUACAAUCUUCACCAAGCCGCGUGCACGUGCGUUGUAAGACCCGGAAGAU